UUGAAUUGGAAAUAUCCAUGUAUCUAUCUAUAUCUACUGUAAAAUUGCAUGCAUGUCUUCAAUCCCAUGCUGGUUGGUUGACAGUCAACAUGAUACAUGUAGAUUAAUCCAAUAAUAUUUUCAUGCGAAUUGAAGCAAGACCUCUCUCUCUCUCUCUUGAUUUUUUAACAUGGGAGAAGCACAAGAACUGCAGCUCAGCAUCAUGGGAAGCAAAUGAAGCAAGCUCACCAGGGCAUACAAAUGUUCCCAACCGGUCACUGCUUCCUCGGCACAGAAGUUUCAACUGGUGGCUUAAAGUGGCCAUUUAUGCAUUCCUUGUCAUCGCUGGCCAGUUAGCUGCAACACUCUUGGGAAGAUUGUACUUCGAUAAAGGCGGCGACAGCAAAUGGCUGGCAACAGUGGUACAACUUUGUGGCUUUCCUGUCCUGCUUCCUUACUAUUGCAUCCCAGCAGCAAGCAGAAAUCCAAUCACAAAAAAUAGUACCGUCCAAUUCAAACAACCGUCCACCUUAAUCCUUGCAUCAGUAAAUGGCUCUAUUCUCUUAUUAGCACUGGACUGCUACUUGUAUUCUGUAGGCCUAGCUUACCUUCUUGUGUCUACUUAUUCCCUCAUUUGUGCAUCCCAAUUGGCCUUCAAUGCUCUUUUCUCCUUCCUCCUCAACUCACAAAAGUUCACUCCCUACAUUGUCAAUUCUCUAGUUCUCCUCACCAUCUCCUCCACCCUCCUCGUGUUUCAAGGUGACUCCGCGGAUGACCCUAGUGGAGGAUCGAAAACAAAGUAUGCGAUCGGGUUCAUAUGCACUGUUGGGGCAUCAGCCGGAUAUGGAUUGGUGCUUUCCCUAACACAACUUGCCUUCAAAAGGGUUAUAAGAAAGGAGACAUUUAGAGUGGUCAUGGAUAUGAUAGUGUAUCAAGCUCUAGUUGCAACCUGUGUCAUCUUGGUCGGGCUUUUCGCUAGCGGAGAGUGGAAGGGUUUGAAGAAAGAGAUGGGGAUGUACAAACUAGGGACGGUAUCCUAUGUUAUGAAUUUGGUAUGGACAGCUAUAACAUGGCAGCUUUUUGGUAUUGGCGCAAUAGGCUUGAUUUUGGAGGCCUCUUCCCUCUUCUCCAAUGCCAUAAGUGCUAUGGGUUUGCCUGUUGUUCCAGUUCUAGCUGUGAUCUUCUUCCACGACAAAAUGGAUGGAAUUAAGGCAAUGGCCAUGGUUUUGGCCAUUUGGGGCUUUAUUUCUUAUGCUUAUCAGCACUACCUUGAUGAUCGUAAGUCCAAGAAUGAGAACAAAAAUGUCAAUGGUGAAGUUCCUGAAGCUUCAUCACUGGAAAAAAUUAAUGGUUGAAUAGAUUGGCUUCUGUAUAUCAUCAAUCUAAGUCUAGUUUUAUGCAAAAGAAGAAUUACAAGCUUUCCCCUUAGUUAACUACAGGUCGUUCUUAAUUAUAUGUUGACUGGUUUGUGACAUAUAGAUGCCCUUAUUCUGACUAAAGAAAACAUCAUUUUCUAAUUGAAUGUUCU